AUGGUAAUCAAAAGGAAUAUAAGGAACGAGGCAGUGAAGAUGGUUAAGGUUUAUAUAGGGGAAGCAAUUGCGGUUAAUGGGCUUAUGUUUGUUGAGAUGGUUGCGAGGAUGGAGAUAAGAGAGAGAGGUGGUGGUCUGUGUAUGAAGAAAAGGGAUGGACAAAAUGAGGGGGUUGAAGUAAUUGUGGAUGGUGGGGAGGGGAAGGGGCUUGUAAAGAAAAGUAGGAAAAGUGGGGGUUCUGAAAAUGGAGUGCUGGAAGUUAAUGUGGGUGGCAGUUGGUUUAUAUUAAUGUCGAUGCUGGAGAGGGAUGUUCGAGGUGGUGGUCUGUGUAGGAAGAGAGGGGAUGGACAAAAGGAGGGGGUUGAAGUAAAUGUGGGUGGUGGGGAGGGGAAGGGGCUUGUAAAGAAAAGUAGGAAAGGUGUGGGUUCUGAAAAUGGAGUGCUGGAAGUUAAUGUGGGUGGCAGUUGGUUUAUAUUAAUGUCCAUGCUGGAGAGGGAUGCUCGCGAUUAG